UCCACGUGAACUGACGUUUUCUUCCACCGCCGCAGUUCGCAGCAGUCCAAGUCGGCUUCUUUGCGUGUGCUGGGUUGGCCAUUCGAUUUCAUCCUCCCGUCGGAGCAGAGUACAAGUUCCGCGAAAAGUUGUGAUUCAAAGUGACCCCGCGCCAGUGAUUAUCCGUGAACAUGAAGAGUCUGUUGAUUUUUGCCCUGCUGGUUCUGCCAGCGGUUCUGCUCACCGUGGACGGUGGUUCCCGGUUGAUGGCCCACGCUGCCGAAGAUGAAUUGGACGAGGAACUGGACGUGGAGGUUGAGGGAGAGGACGCGUCGGUGACGGGCCAGGCUGAGGAAACGGAAACGGACGACGAGCCGGAAACGACGAAAUCCCCGGACGCCGAUACGUUCCUGUUGUUUACCCGUCCGCUGCACUCCGCUGGUUCCGGAUCGCAGUUUGAGCUUCCGGCCGGCUACCCGGUUGAGUUCCUGGUCGGAUUCGCCAACAAGGGAAGCGACGAUUUCAUCGUGGAAACCGUCGAGGCUUCGUUCCGCUAUCCGAUGGACUUUAACUACUUCAUCCAGAACUUCUCGGCCAUCGCGUACAACCGCGAGAUCAAGCCCGGCCACGAAGCGACCGUUUCGUACUCGUUCCUGCCAUCGGAAUCGUUCGCCGGACGUCCAUUCGGGCUGAACAUUGCGCUGAACUACCGCGACGCCAGCGGCAACCAGUUCUCGGAGGCCGUCUUCAACGAAACCGUCUCGAUCAUCGAGGUCGACGAGGGUCUGGACGGCGAGACGUUCUUCCUGUACGUGUUCCUGGCCGCCGUCGUGGUGCUGCUGCUUGUCCUCGGCCAGCAGUUCCUCGGUUCGUACGGCAAGCGCAAGCGAUCGCCGGCGGUGCGCAAGACCGUUGAAACCGGAACCACCAACACCAAGGACGUCGACUACGAGUGGAUCCCCGCGGAGACGCUCAAGAAGAUCCAAAACUCCCCCAAGGGCGGCAAAGUGUCCCCCAAGCAGAGCCCCCGGCAGCGAAAGGCAAAGCGGGCCGUCGGAGACGACUAAAUCGCGACUCUCGCGAUCCUAACUCAUCGCAUCCAUCGCAUCAACGGUUUGGAUGAAUCCGCAGCGGCAGCAGCAGCAACUCUCCGUGAGAUUACCUAUUAAGUGUGCGAUCGGCGGUUUCUCAAAUCCAAACAAGUUUCAAAUCAGAACAGGUCGAAAUGCACACACACAUACGUUUAAGUUAAGCCGUUUUCCCUGAGGACGACCUUUUUUUUGUUUCUUAAGUUUUCCCCUUUCCCCGCGCAAAAAAAACGUAGUUAAUUAGUUCGUUUCGUUUAAACAUUCAUCUCUUGCAAAACAAAAUAUCCCUCCUUUUUUACCCCCAAGUGUGAGAGCGAGACUGCAGCGUUUUUCCGCGAAAGAAAACGCUGAGAAUUAUUUCCCCUUAAUACCCGAGGACGCGGCUUCAUUACUGGAAGUGUGCGGAACUAGUAGGUGUGUCCUUUGAAGAGAGAAGAGUGUGUUUUUUUUCGCUUAAAUUAUUUUACAAUUUUGUGAAGAAGAAAAGAAAAAAAAUAUGGGAAGAACAAACAAGACCGUGUAAGAAAAACGAAAA